AUGUCAAAAAACAAUAAUAGUCCCUCAACCACUCCCAAUUUUGGCUCGGGAAGUACUGCCACACAACAACAUCACAACAACAACCUCACAGGAGUAGAACACAUUCAAUUUAGUGAACAAGUCGACAAGGCUCUAGAGGAAGUACUUCCACACAAGGAUCCAUUCGAUACAAGUCUUUUUGAUCCCAUCGUUUACAUCAAUACAAAUUUUCCCAAUGAGCAAGCAUUGAAUGAAAAACUUGAGUCCUAUAUCAUCAAAGUGAAAAAGAAGAUUCAACGCGUGGAUGAAGAUAUUUUGGCUGCUGUUCGUAAACAAAGCUCUGCCGGUGUGCAAGCAAGAAAAGAUUUGGAAGAAGCCCGAGACACCAUUCAAAGUCUAUUCAAAAAGAUUCAUGAAAUUAAAUCAAAGGCAGAACAAUCUGAACAAAUGGUACAAAACAUCACUAAAGAUAUCAAAUCACUCGAUUACGGAAAAAGAAAUCUCACCGUAACCAUCACAACACUCAAAAGACUUCACAUGUUGGUGUCAGCAGUGGACAAACUCACUCUCUAUACUCAAAAGAAACAGUACAAGCAAGUGGCCGAGCUUAUGGAAGCUGUCAAUGAAUUACUGCAAAGUUUUGAAAAGUAUAGAAACAGCAUUCCUAAAGUUCAAAACUUGUUUUCUCGAUUUGAGAGUGUUAAAAAAACACUGCGAGAACAACUCUUCCAAGAUUUUAAAAGUUUGGAUGCACACAAGAAUUCUGGACGUGAAAAUGUACAACAAUUACUCUCAGAGGCAUGUUUAGCUGUUGAUUCUCUUGGUGAUGCAGUGCGAACUGAACUCAUUUCACAAUUUGUUAAAUCGAGAGCUCUCCAUGUUUACGAUAUGACGUUCAGAGAAGGCAAGGAGGAAAGCAAAUUAGAAAGAAUUGCCGAUCGUUACAAAUGGUUACUCAAAGUGUUAAAAACGUAUCAAGAACAAUUCGGAGACAUUUUCCCAGAUUAUUGGUGUGUUCCACAGGAAAUUACAAUAGAAUUCAGUUUAAUGACUAGAGAAGCCAUCGUUAGAAUGCUUCAAAAUGGUAAAGACCUCUCGGGUAAAACUCUAUACUCGGUCAUUCUUUCAACAAUCAAAUUUGAACGUGACAUGCAAGAACGAUUCUACGAUCCAGAUGAAGCAGAAAUUCUUGUCGACAUUCAACAACAAAAGAAACUUUUAGAACAAGAAGAAAAGGCAUUGAAAGAGCUAUCAAUGAAAGUUGAAAAAGGCAGUCCAGAAUCUGAUGAAAUCCUCAAAAAACAAAUCAAAAUUACUCUCAAACGUCGUGAACUUGAAAAACAAGAGCAAGAAUUUACAAAAACUUCUAGUUUGGAUUCUCUUCUGAAAGGAGGCGCAGAAGGAGCUAUUGCAGCAGAAAAACAAAAAAAGAAACCAAAAUUCAAGUUUAAUUUAAUUGGUUUUAUCAGCAGCUGUUUUGAAGAAUACAUGAAUGUCUACAUUGAAUAUGAGGAAGAAUCUAUGAGAGAAACACUUGCUAAAAUUAUUCAAAAAGAAACUUGGGACAUGAAUAGUGAAUAUAGCAGCUCUCAAGAUCUCUUCAUGUACAUUGUGGAGUCUAUGAAAUCAUGCAGUGCACUUUCCAAGAAGAGAACUCUAUUUGAAUUGGUAGAAAAAGUGUUCAAGAAAUAUCUCAACAAUUAUGCUGACAUUUUGAUGCACAAAUUACCCAAGAUACAAUCCAUUGCACAGCCAACAACUGUUGCCACCACUGGAGCAUCGACUACCUCUGGUACUACAGCAUCGCAAGGUGCUUCCUCAUUGAUGAGUAGAUUGGGUAUGGGAAAUAUCUUGAAUACCAAUGAAAUAGUUACAACGGAUAAGAAGGCCAAGCUCACCGAGAAGGAGGAAAUGCUUGUUUUCUAUAUCAUCAAUAGCGCUGACUAUUGUCAGCAAAAUAUUGAAAUGGUUGAGGAAGAGUUGAGAGAGACACUUCAAGAACCAUACUGUGACCAAGUGGAUUUAUCAGAUGAACAAGGCAAAUUUUACCUUCUUCUCAAGAGUGGUGUUGAGGUACUUGUAAAUAACCUUAUGAAUGUCAUGGAGAAACAAUUUACAGAAAUGUUAUCCAUUUCAUGGGCUCAUGUGGACACUGUGGGAGAUCAAUCCAAUCACAUUUCUGUAAUUAUGCAAACUCUCAAAGAUGCCAUUCCAUUCUUGGCCAGAUUCCUCCCAACUACACACUUCAAAUUCUUUUGUGAUAACUUUAUUCUGUCCUUCAUGUCCACAUUGACUUCAUGCAUUUACAAGUGUAAAAAAUUCUCACCCAUGGGAGCCCAACAAAUGCUGUACGAUGUAAGCUGCUUGACCAAGUUUUGUUUGAGAGAAUUAAUCAUUAUUGGAGAUCCCAAUCGGUUUGAUAAGGACGAUGUUGCUAGCUUCUCAAAGAAGGUUGACAUCAAGGCUCAAAAGAUUGAAUGUAUUUUACGUACCAUUUUGCAACCCAAUGAUUUUUUGGUAGGCACUUAUUUACAAUAUGCAGGAUCUGAUCACAGUGUUGCUGAGCUCACAAAGAUUUUAGAAUUGAAAGACUUGCAAAAGAAUGAAAAGCAACAAAUACUUGAAAAUUAUCAGAAGGAGGUUAAGAAGCGACAACAAGGGUCACAACAAGAACAAAACAAUUCCACAUCAUCCUCUUCCACCACCGCCACUAGCGGUACUCCUGGAACAACCUCUUUGACCAUUGGAACUGCUACAAAGAAGAUGGAGCAAGUGGUCUCUUCUAGUAUGAGCUUUAUUAAGAAAUUCAACCUUAACAAUUAA